GCAGAAACAUAAUUGGUCAGUGGUAAAAAUAUAAAUCAGACCUCUAAGAGUCGGGAAAGAAGUCUGCACUGAGGAACCAUGAAGGUUUUGUGUGUGGCUGCUGUUGUGUUGAGCUUCAUCUCGGUGGGCCAGCCUGCGCCGCUGACCUGCGACACGCUGGUAAAACCUUUGGAGAAAGGUGGAGAAGUGUCUGGAAGAUGGUACUUCAUAGCUGCAUCAACAGAGAUCUGUUUGACUACAACAUUGUUGGACAGUUUUAUUUCGCCAAGUUUUGCAAUAGACAUUACUUCUAAAAACACACCCAACGUCUAUGAAGGCAUGACUAUGAUUAAAAUGUAUGGAUAUUGUGGCAAUGUAUCUGAGGCUUUUUUCUAUGAUAUCAACAAAACGUAUGAUGUCGACAGUGAGAAUGCCCCAACUGGUGAUCCGGACACAAUGCUGUACACUAGCUGCCCCGACUGCCUUGUUGUAAAGGAGAAAGACGUCAUUGACUCUCUUGUGCUCCUCAGUCGGAGACCAACUGUCACUGAUACAGAGCUGAAAGAGUUUGAGAAACAGGCUGAGUGUCUUGGUUGGGCCAAACCGCUGGUCUUUAACAYGGAUCAUGAAUAUGAUAACUGCCCAAACAUUCAUGAGGACAUGUCUGAUGACGAGGCUGAAAAGCUACUGACGGACUUCUUUCCCAAGAUGAUGGAAAGACUAAAAAAUACUCAUCAUAAAAUCCUCAGAUGUCUGGUAGACAUGGUUGUGUCCUAUGUGCCAGGGGGGCUCACCGUCCCCUUCUAAUCCUGAACUUCUCUGGUAUUUUCAUGUACCCUAUGGUCCACUCUUUCAGAAAAUGUGUGUUAACAGAAAAAUUUGGGUCUCACUGCCCAGUGACCCCUUUUUGACCACACCCCUUUUCUACUGAGACCAUCAAAAUUAGGGGUACAGAAAGCUUAAAUGCCAAUAACUAACCAACCAAAAUUUACAAACAUGGUAUCAAGAUUUGUACUGAUUAUUUCUUCCAUUUACACGGCAUUUCAUUAAGCAAAUUUGCGCUCAAUGAUGUCAUCAGGGGGUCAAAACAUCACAACCCCAACAGAAGAUGAAAAUUUUCAUGUUUUUAGUUUGUAACU